AUGUCGAUCUACCGUAGACUCCAAAGGUGCAAGUUUGAUGUCUAUCUAUACUCAUGGCACGAUGUGCCCAAAGAGUACUUGACACCUGAAGCGAUGGAAGCAUGUAGGGCAGGGGCAAGAGUUCUUACCCUGAUAAUGCAGGAUUUGCGAGUCCAACUCGAACUUUACACCGCUAUUGACCUCGAAACAGCUCUUGAUGCUACCGAACUCAUCACCGUCGCUUCAUUCUUCUACUUCGGCCCGUUGAUCGGUAUGGCGAUGGCUACGAAAGACAAAGCCAAGACUCGAGCGGAUCAUGAGAGAGUUAAUAGCCAAAUAGCUGAGAUGGACCAGCUGUACCGGACUGUUUCUGAGGCCCAGCGCGCGCUAAGCAAUCUUCAAACGGCCGGGGCUGUACGGGUGUUGGAGGAUAUAACGAGUAUCUAUUCAUCAACGGAUCGUUUUUUCAGCACACCAGUCCAAAUUACACUCCUCAGCCCCAUUGAGCUUCUCAUGAGAAUCGUAACAGCCCGUCAGACAUGGAAAAGCCUCGGGGACCUUUGUCAAGAAUAUCGGAGUCUAAACAUAGCCAACUCUACAGGUGUCCAAAACACCCUAGCCAAAGCCGUCUUCGUUUGCAUAGGCGUCUCAACAGGCAAUAGCCCGGCAUGCACCAUAACAGCUUCGGCAGAUCACUGGACUGGUUACCCAAAGCUUAGUAACUUUGUCAAAAAGCUACGCCAAAUGCGUCGCAUGGUCACUAUUGGGGAUGUGGGCCGUGGCAGAAAUAAGGGCGCUCCGCUUAUUGUCGAAUGGAGCGAAGACCUCUGGAAACGACGGCUGGAUGAGAACGAAUCACUCUCUAGCCUUGUUGCACACCCAAAGGGCUACUUCUCUCACCUAUAUGGCGUCGCAACACCCCUUAAAUGUCCCUCUUUCAAACCCAAGGCUAGGUGUCAAGCACUUUUCGAAUACGCAGUCCCCGAUGAUAGACCUACGCUCACCUUUUCUGCCGACAAUUGGGUGGGAAGGGGCAUGCUCCGUGUGUCAGACGCUGAGAAGCAGUGUCCAUAG